UCUAAAAGUCGAGGACUGAGGAAGGAGCUUAAAAGAAAAAGGAACAAAAUAACUCCAAUAAAAAAGGGAAACUACUGCUGCUUCGCUGAUGAUUACAGCUUUUUGUUGUCAAAAGAAGAACCAAUCAAGUGAGGGAGACGGUUUGAAUCAAGAUGAUGAAGCUGUUGGUGCAGCUCUGCUUCCUGACUCUAGCAGCUUCUGCUGUUUCACUAAUGACGACACCUCCUGCAACUCCAGUUCCAGGAACUCCCUCACAACGAAAUGACACAAACACGACCCUGGAUGUCAAGACAAAUGCCACAGAUUAUUUAUUUAAUCCGACAUCUGAGAUGGAGAUUAACGGAACCAUGAAGGAGAUGAACAACGCCUCAUCAGCAUCGACUUCAUCGCCCGCGGUGCAUCAGGGCCCAACCUCACCAUCAGUAACCACGGAAACAAAAGCAGAAGCCAGCGAAAGGUCGACCUCCUCAGCGACGGCAGCAUCAGCAGCAGGGUCUCCAGGCAGUUCAUCUUGGGCUUACAUCCUGCUGGUGUUGAUAAUCAUCGUGAUCGUCGUUCUGUGUGUCAUCCUCUACAUGCUGCGCAGGGCGUCCAGGACGUACUCGUUUGACCUCCAGCGACCUGCGGCCUCCAGCAACGUCUACGAACCAACUGGCACCUUCGGCCAGGUUUACCUGGACGACCUGGACCAACCGGUUAACAAAGACGUGAUCUCUGAUGACCUGUCCACCACACCGGUACCCAACGGCACCGGCCCACAGCCGGAGGAAACCGCAGACGGGGAAGAGAACGCUCUUCAGGAUCCACCAGAAGCAAACGACCCGCAGAGACCUUCGUCCUCCUCCUCUUCCUCCAGCCGCAGCUCGUUAUCGGGAGGCGACCAGGAAGAGAAGAAAUCCAACCAGAUGAGCAGCAACAACUUGUUCUUCGACGCAGUCGAGGAGACGCAGCAACAGAACGGAAACAACAACAACAAUCCAUCCGUUUGCUCCAGCGACCCGUUUGUGGAAAUAAACCUUGACGAUCCGGCCUGGUCCGAUCAGCUCCUCACUUCUCCACCGGCCUCCUCGGUUCUCCCUUUCUCUUCCUUCUGCUCUUCCUCCUCUUCCUCAUAGCACCAGAACAUUCACACUGAGUGAGACUGGAUGUCCUUCCACCACAAUCAGCAGAAGGUCUUUCAAGGUUUCUCUCUCUUCCCUGCUUACUUGAAACAAGCUGAACUCAAAGCUAAACCAAAGUUAGCUUGAACUGUUUUGACGAUGAAAUGUUAGUUUUUUAUUAAUUGAAAUUUUUUUUUUUACAGAUGAUUAAAAAAAUCUAGAAAACCUGCAACUUGCGGCAUCUGAUCAAAUCAAACUGUUUUAGUUUAUGACAGUUUUUAUGGCUUCCUGUUUACACGUUAUCGUUUCUCAAACUAAAUAAACUGUAAAGACUAGAAGCUAAUUACCGUCAAUAUGUACAAUUUUGUAAAAACUUCUUAUUAAAUCUAUAUUUUGUGCCUCACAUGAUAACAGAAACCCAACAGCUUUGAAUUUCAAAUCUAAUUCUGCAGAAUUGUUUUUGGUUAUUAUGAAUAAUUUCUUUAUUGUACAGAAGUAAAAAUAUGCAGCUACUGCUUUAAUUAAUGCUCUGAUCCAAACUGAUAAGAAACGUUUUCUUAGUCCUAACUUUAUUACGUUCAUGGAAAUGAUGUCAUUUUAUCAUUAACUCUAACAUGAGUGAAUCAAACUUCCUGU